ACGAGAAUUAAGUCCAUGGAUCUUAUGAGGAUCCGACCCGCACAAGGACGGUCGACAGGCUGCCGUCAAGACAGAAACUGGAAUGGAGACCAUAAGAAUGGGGGGAGGAAGGAGGAGGAGAGGAGCAGGAAAACGCAUCAAUAUCUGCAUCUGAGAACACCGGCACCGACCAACCACCGGACCGCUUGGCCCCCUGUGUCCGCCGCCACGAUGCCUUCUCAGAAGAUCGAAUCCGGUCACCAGGACAUCGUCCACGACAUCGCAAUGGAUUACUACGGCAAGCGGCUCGCCACGGCCUCCUCCGACACAACCAUCAAGAUCGUCGGCGUCUCCUCCUCUUCUGCCUCAGGUCAGCCUCUCGCCACCCUCUCCGGCCACCAGGGCUCCGUGUGGCAGGUCUCCUGGGCGCACCCCAAGUUCGGCUCCGUCCUGGCUUCUUGCUCAUACGAUGGCCGGGUCAUCGUCUGGAGGGAAGAUCCCGCCUCUCCCAACCAGUGGACUCAAGCCCAUGUCUUCUCCGAUCACUCCUCAUCGGUUAACUCCGUCUCAUGGGCUCCCCACGAAUUGGGGCUCUGCCUCGCCUGCGGAUCCUCGGAUGGCUCCAUCACCAUCCACACCGCUCGGUCCGACGGCGGCUGGGACACCGCCCGCAUCGACCAGGCCCACCCGGUAGGCGUCACGGCCGUCUCCUGGGCUCCCGCCACAGCCCCCGGCUCCCUUGUCAGCAAUUCACCCUCCGACGCCGUUCAGAAGCUUGCUUCUGGGGGGUGCGACAACACCGUGAAGGUGUGGAAGCUCCAGAACGGGGUGUGGAAGAUGGACUGCUUUCCAGCGCUGCAGAAGCACUCCGAUUGGGUUAGGGACGUCGCCUGGGCGCCCAAUCUGGGGCUACCAAAGUCGACGAUCGCCAGCGCGUCGCAGGAUGGAACGGUGGUCGUCUGGACGGUGGGGAAGGAAGGGGAUCAAUGGGAAGGGAAGGUGAUGAACGACUUCAAAGCGCCCGUGUGGAGGUUGUCGUGGUCGCUCACCGGCAACAUCCUCGCCGUCGCCGACGGUAAGAAUGAGGUCACUCUCUGGAAGGAGGUCGUUGAUGGAGAGUGGCAGCAGGUCACUACCGUCGAUCCUGCUGCGUGACGGUCGAUCUUCUUGCUUUUUCCCUCUUCAUUGGUUGUGUCUGCUCCAUCUCAUACUUCCUUCUGUUUUAAGUAGCAGUUUUCUUCGAUUUUGCACAGAUAGGAACGAAAUGUGUUAUGUGACUUUAUUUGUUCUCCAGGUUUUUUUUUUUUGUUUAUCUUUGAGGAAUGAGGACAAAUUUUUUUGGUAUUUGAUGAAUUCACUGCAUAAAUUAGCUAGUGGUGGUUUGAUUGUCAA